AUGGCCGCCGGCCAGGCCUACAGCGAGGAGAAGGGCGGCUCCUCCAGCCUGGGCGAGCCCGAGUACGGCCACGACCCGGCCAGCGGCGGCAUCUUCUCCUNNNUGCUCCACAGGCACGAUGACCUCAAGGAGAUGCUGGACAGCAACAAGGACUCGCUCAAGCUGGAGGCCAUGAAGAGGAUCGUGGCGAUGAUCGCCCGCGGGAAGAACGCCUCCGAUCUCUUCCCAGCCGUCGUGAAAAACGUGGCCUGCAAGAAUAUCGAGGUGAAGAAGCUGGUGUACGUGUACCUGGUGCGCUACGCCGAGGAGCAGCAGGACCUGGCCCUGCUCUCCAUCUCCACCUUCCAGCGAGGACUCAAGGACCCCAACCAGCUGAUCCGCGCCAGCGCCCUGCGCGUCCUCUCCAGCAUCCGUGUGCCCAUCAUCGUGCCCAUCAUGAUGCUGGCCAUCAAAGAGGCUGCGUCGGACAUGUCCCCGUACGUGCGCAAGACGGCCGCCCACGCCAUCCCCAAGCUGUACAGCCUGGACUCGGACCAGAAGGACCAGCUCAUCGAAGUGAUUGAGAAGCUGCUGGCCGACAAGACCACGCUGGUGGCCGGCAGCGUGGUGAUGGCAUUUGAGGAGGUCUGUCCCGAGCGCAUCGACCUCAUCCACAAGAACUACCGCAAGCUCUGCAACCUGCUCAUCGACGUGGAGGAGUGGGGCCAAGUGGUGAUCAUCAACAUGCUGACGCGCUACGCGCGCACCCAGUUCCUCAGCCCCAACCAGAACGAAUCCCUGCUGGAAGAGAGCACCGAGAAGGCCUUCUACGGCUCCGAUGAGGAGGACGCCAAGGACGCCAAGGCAGAGGCUGCCUCGCUGGCGAAGCGCAAGCCCUACGUCAUGGACCCCGACCACCGCCUGCUGCUGCGCAACACCAAGCCCCUGCUGCAGAGCCGCAACGCCGCGGUUGUGAUGGCCGUGGCUCAGCUCUACUUCCACUUGGCUCCCAAGGCGGAGGUCGGCGUCAUCGCCAAGGCUCUGGUGCGCCUCCUGCGGAGCCACAGUGAGGUGCAGUACGUGGUGCUGCAGAACGUGGCCACCAUGUCCAUCAAACGGAGGGGGAUGUUUGAGCCCUAUCUGAAGAGCUUCUACAUCCGCUCCACGGACCCCACACAGAUCAAGAUCCUCAAGCUGGAGGUCCUCACCAACCUGGCCAAUGAGACCAACAUCUCCACCAUCCUGCGGGAGUUCCAGACCUACAUCCGCAGCAUGGACAAAGACUUUGUGGCAGCCACCAUCCAAGCCAUCGGGCGCUGCGCCACCAACAUCGGGAAGGUGCGGGACACCUGCCUCAACGGCCUGGUCCAGCUGCUCUCCAACCGCGAUGAGCUGGUGGUGGCCGAAUCCGUGGUGGUCAUCAAAAAGCUGCUGCAGAUGCAGCCGGCCCAGCACAGCGAGAUCAUCAAGCACAUGGCCAAGCUCACUGACAACAUCCAGGUGCCCAUGGCACGGGCCAGCAUCCUGUGGCUCAUCGGCGAGUACUGCGAGCAUGUGCCCAAGAUCGCGCCUGACGUUCUGCGCAAGAUGGCCAAGUCCUUCACCAACGAGGAGGACAUUGUGAAGCUGCAGGUCAUCAACCUGGCMGCUAAGCUCUACUUGACCAACUCCAAGCAGAGCAAGCUGCUGACCCAGUACGUGCUCAACCUGGCCAAGUACGACCAGAACUACGACAUCCGGGACCGGGCCCGCUUCAUCCGCCAGCUCAUCGUGCCCACUGAGAAGAGCGGGGCCCUCAACAAGUAUGCCAAGAAGCUCUUCCUGGCCCAAAAACCCGCUCCCAUCCUGGAAUCCUCUUUCAAAGAUCGAGACCAUUUCCAGCUGGGCUCGCUGUCCCACCUGCUCAAYGCCAAGGCAGUUGGCUACCAAGAGCUGCCCGACUGGCCAGAUGAGGCCCCCGACCCUUCUGUGAGGAACGUGGAGGUUCCCGAGUGGACCAAGUGCACCAGCCGUGAAAAGAGGAAGGAGAAGGUGGAGAAACCUUUCUACUCCGAUUCAGAAGGCGAGUCGGGGCCCACAGAGUCCGCAGACAGCGAGCCCGAGUCCGUCAGCGAGGAGAGCGAGAGCAGCAGCAGCGAGGGCAGCUCCAGCUCCGGCAGCGAGGAGGAAGAGGAGGGCAGCGAGGACCAGUCAGAGGACAAGGAGGAGGAGGAAGCGAAGAGGAAGAAGAAGAAGGAAGCCCCUCGGAAAGCAUCGCUGGCAAGCGCUGACAGCCCCAGCGAGGAGGAGGAGGAGGAGGAAGGGGCAAAGAAGGACAAGAAGAAGAGGCAGCAGCAGCAGGCGAGGAAGGGCCCUGGCGAGAGCUCGUCCGAGGAGGCCAGCGCCUCCGAGAGCAGCUCGUCCGAGUCGGACUCGGGCUCCGAGGCGCAGGAGUCGCCGGUGGAGGCCAAGCGCAGGAAGGCGCCCGCCAAGCCCGGCGCCAAGGCCGCGGGCCCCAAGGAGAUCUCCCUGCUCGACCUGGAUGACUUCUCGCCGCCUCCCCCACAGCCUGUCCCCUCCAGCAGCAUCGUCUCCACCAGCYUGGUGACCGACCUGGAAGGUCUCACCCUCACCGACGCCUCCCUGACGCCCACUCUGCUGAGCCCGGCGCUGGGCGCGCUGCGGAGCUACGAGCUGCUGCACCGCAUGGCGGGCGAGGGGCUCUCCGUCGAGUACUGCUUCAGCCGCCGGCCCUUCCCGCACGACCCGCGCAUGGUGGCCGUGCAGAUGCACAUCUGCAACAACACGGACGCCGAGGUGAAGAGCGUGCGCCUCAGCGCGCCCAAGCCGCCCUCGGGCAUGCGCAUCCAUGAGUUCCCCGAGAUCGAGAGCCUGGCGCCCGGGGACACGGCCAGCGUGGUCAUGGGCAUCGACUUCUGCGACUCCACCCAGGCGGCCAACUUCCAGCUCUGCACCCACACGCGCCACUUCUACGUCUCCAUCCAGCCGCCCGUGGGCGAGCUCAUGGCUCCCGUCUUCAUGAGCGAGAACGAGUUCAAGAAGGAGCAGGGGAAGCUGACGGGCAUGAGCGAGAUGACGGAGAAGCUGGCGCUGCCCGCGGAGCGGCGCGGCGAGGCGGCCGUGGUGCAGCGCGUGACGGCGGCCGCCAACGUGGGCCGCCAGGGCUGGCGCUGCCAGCUGUGGGAAGCGUCAGAUGCUAAAUGA